CUCAAAUGCACACACACACACACACACAGGACCGCUGUACCGAUGCAAACCCAGAAGCACACACCUAAAAAAAAAUUCUCCAGGCUGUGAUCUGUGCAACAUCUCAGAUGAAACAACCAGCUUCCUUCACAUGUCUAAAGCUUCUCCAUCCAAAAAAAAACUCCCUGAAAUCUCCCGUCUCUCACAUCAAUCCACGUUUUUACAACCACAUGAAGGCUGACUUUAAACAAAAAAAAAAACUCCAUCUUUUUUUUUGGGGCUCUAAUUCCCAAUUAAAGAUAGCCUCGACCUCGUGGUUCAAGCAUCAAUUUUGCGCAGUCAGUUCCUGCAAACCCCUUUUCUAUCUUCUUCUUGUUGUGGUUGUUGUUGUAGUGGAGGAAUGUGUUUUAUACCAAAAAACAAAUAAAGGAGAGAUAGUUGAAUCUGUGCGCGGUGGGAGGGGAAGGGUUGUGCUGUGAAAGCAGCAGGAGAAGAAGAAGAAGAAGAAGAAGAAGAAGAGGAGGGAAAAAAAGUGUGAAAUCUCUGCAACCCCUGGAGUCUCAUUCAGCACCACUCGCUACUGGACAGCGACUGAGCAGCAGCAGCAGCAGCAGCAGCAGGAGGAGCAGCAGGAGGAGUUGAUCGAGAGAAAACAGGAGAUUUGUUCAAAACCUUCGAGUCUGGGAGUAACAACACCGCAACUAACAACACUUACUGAUUCCUACCUGCGUUUUCCACUCCUUCACUUCUUUUUUCCUUUAAAUCUCAUCCGUGUGGCGAGAAAACGAGGAGGAGAGCUUUGCUGACUGACUGACUGACUGACUGACUGACUGGAGCCAAACAAAGACGCAGGAAGAAAAAAGAAGAAAACUGGACCUCAUCAGAGAUAGAUAGCAGAAGUUCAUUUUCUCCACUUUAUAGGCUCACUUGCACCAGGAGGAUUUCAAAAGGAGCCCUGCUGUGGAACCCGCCGGGUCGCCUCAUGACUGAAGGACCUAGAGGAGCGCCGAAUGCACCCGAGUGAUCCUGGAGAAGCAGAGAAGAGAGGCUAACUCUCCACCUUUGUUCUCGCCUUGCGAGAACGCUCCUCUCUGUGGACUCCCGUCUCGGCUCACCCCUGCGCUGUUUAGUUACCGCGCGUAUAGCUGCCACUCUCAGGUGCAGGAAAAACGAGUGAAACACAAGGAGCAGAGAAGAAAGAGAUAAAGAGAGAGCGAGGCUGCAUAAUUAGUAUUACCGCGUUUGUGUCAGAGCUAGAAACCAUGAGAAGAGGCUUCUGAAGACGACUGUGCUCUGAAAAACACUGCGGCUAACCUUCAGGACAUUUGUGUAUGUGUGUGUGUGUGUGGGUAUAUGUGUGUCUUUCAUUUUCAAAGGACUUGAAUUUGUGUUUGGAUGCGGAUUUAGCCUUUCAUUAUGACUCUGCGAGGAGGCUUUGAGAGAGGCUGCAACAGAGGUGUCUGCUUCUGGCUGCUGCUGCUGGCUUGUUAUUCCUCCAUCGCCUUGGCAGCCAAACCCAAAAUGCCGGGCCACACGCACCUAAAUUCAAUACGCAUUGAUGGGGACAUAUCUCUGGGCGGGCUGUUCCCAGUGCACGCGAGGGGAAACGACGGCAAAGCCUGCGGCGAGCUGAAGAAGGAGAAAGGGAUCCACAGGCUGGAGGCCAUGUUGUUCGCCCUGGAUCGUAUCAAUAAUGACAAUGAGCUGCUGCCUAAUAUCACCCUGGGGGCUCGCAUUCUGGACACCUGCUCCCGGGACACCCAUGCUCUGGAGCAGUCGCUGACGUUCGUCCAGGCAUUGAUUGAGAAGGACUCAACCGAUGUCAAGUGUCUCAGCGGAGGGCCGCCCAUCAUCACUAAGCCGGAGAGAGUGGUGGGAGUGAUUGGUGCGUCUGCCAGCUCCGUGUCAAUCAUGGUAGCCAACAUUUUGCGACUAUUCAAGAUCCCUCAAGUGAGCUACGCUUCCACGGCUCCGGAGCUGAGCGAUAACACCCGCUACGACUUCUUCUCACGGGUCGUGCCCCCAGACACCUACCAGGCCCAGGCCAUGGUGGACAUCGUCAAAGCAAUGCGCUGGAACUAUGUCUCCACUGUAGCUUCUGAGGGAAACUAUGGAGAAAGUGGCGUUGAUGCGUUCAUUCAAAAGUCUCGAGAGGACGGUGGUCUGUGCAUUUCCCAGUCGGUGAAAAUACCCCGUGAACCAAAAACUGGAGAGUUUGACAAGAUCAUCCGCCGGCUGAGUGAGAACCCUAACGCCCGAGUAGUCAUCAUCUUUGCCAACGAGGAUGACAUCAGGCGGCUUCUUCUAGCAGCUAAGAAGGCCAAUCAAACCGGCCACUUCAUCUGGGUAGGCUCAGACAGCUGGGGCUCCAAAAUCUCCCCAAUACUGAACCAGGAAGAAAUGGCAGAAGGUGCCGUUACCAUCCUACCCAAACGACAAUCCAUUAAAGGUUUUGAUCGCUACUUCAUCAGCCGAACGCUAGAGAACAACAGAAGGAAUAUCUGGUUCGCAGAAUUCUGGGAGAAUAACUUCCAAUGCAAGCUUAGUCGGCACGCUGUGAAGAAAGGAUCCGGCAUCAAGAAAUGCACAAACCAUGAGCGGAUCGGGAAAGACUCAUCCUACGAGCAAGAGGGGAAGGUUCAGUUUGUGAUCGAUGCCAUUUAUGCCAUGGCUCAUGCUCUACAUAACAUGCACAGAGAUCUCUGCCCCGGAAAAGUUGGCCUCUGCCCCAAGAUGGAGAGCAUCAACGGCACACUGCUGCUCAAGUACAUCCGCAAUGUCAACUUCACAGGAAUUGCUGGCACCCCGGUGGUCUUCAACGUGAAUGGAGAUGCUCCUGGUCGCUAUGAAAUCUACCAAUACCAGAUCACAAACAACACCACGGAAUACAAGAUCAUUGGUCACUGGACAGAUCAGCUCCACUUAGACACAAACGAAAUGCAGUGGCCUGGUGCAUCACAAGAAGUCCCUUCCUCUAUAUGCAGCCAGCCCUGCCGCCCCGGGCAGCGCAAGAAGACAGUUAAGGGAAUUCCCUGUUGUUGGCACUGCGAGAAUUGCGACGGCUACCAGUAUCAGGCAGACACUUACACCUGCAAGAUGUGCCGCUUUGAUUUGCGGCCUAACGCCAACCACACUGGCUGCGAUUCCAUUCCCAUUGUCAAGCUGGAGUGGAGCUCCCCGUGGGCAGUCAUCCCCGUCCUUCUCUCCGUCCUGGGCAUCAUGGCUACUCUGUUUGUGGUCAUCACCUUUGUGCGCUACAAUGACACACCCAUUGUUAAGGCAUCGGGUCGAGAACUGAGCUACGUGCUGCUGACGGGUAUCUUUCUCUGCUAUGCUACGACAUUCCUCAUGAUCUCCACUCCUGAUGUGGUGAUAUGCUCCCUGCGGAGGAUUUUCCUGGGCUUGGGUAUGAGUAUAAGCUAUGCAGCGCUGCUGACCAAGACAAAUCGGAUCUACAGGAUUUUUGAGCAGGGCAAGAUGUCGGUCAGUGCCCCUCGAUUCAUCUCCCCGGCCUCACAGUUAGUCCUCACGUUCACCCUGAUAUCAGUGCAGCUCCUCGGAGUGUGUAUCUGGUUUGGCGUUGACCCAUCGCAAGCCAUCAUCGACUAUGAGGAUCAGCGUACAGCCAAUCCCCAAAUGUCCCGUGGCGUUCUGAAAUGUGAUAUAUCGGAUCUCUCCCUCAUCUGUUUGCUGGGCUAUAGCAUGCUGCUGAUGGUGACCUGCACAGUUUACGCCAUCAAGACCAGAGGGGUUCCCGAGACAUUCAACGAGGCCAAGCCCAUCGGCUUCACCAUGUACACCACCUGCAUUGUAUGGCUCGCCUUCAUCCCCAUCUUCUUUGGGACCUCACAAUCAGCAGAAAAGAUGUACAUCCAGACCACAACCCUGACCAUCUCUGUAAGCCUCAGUGCGUCGGUCUCUCUGGGGAUGCUCUACAUGCCCAAGGUCUACGUGGUUCUCUUCCAUCCGGAGCAGAACGUACCCAAGCGCAAGCGCAGCCUGAAGGCUGUGGUCACGGCAGCCACCAUGUCCAACAAGUUCAACCCCAAAGGAGGCCUGAGGCCCAACGGAGAGGCCAAGUCUGAACUCUGUGAAAGUCUUGAAACACAAGACUGUGUUGAGGGAGGGGAGCCUUGUGAGGGACUUUAGACUCUCAGUGUUGGCUUCCAAGCAGACAUACAUAAGCUACAGUAACCAUGCCAUCUAAGCCAGAGACGAACAGUAGAAGCGGAGCCAGGACCUGCCUGAGGAGAAAUCACCUGAUUCUGGGGAAUACUGGGGAAAUACUGGAGGACUUCCAAGCUGCAACAGCAGAGGAGGACUAGGGUGGAAAGAUGGGAAUUCGUCACUCCGUGAAUAGAAAGCAUGUCAUAUUUUUCUAGAGAAUCAGGUAAAGGCUUGAAUGCCAAAUUUAUGAGAAAUGAGAUUUGCAGGAGGGAGAUGGGAGAUGUAAGGGAGAUUGGACAGUUAAUUUUCCUCUUCCCACCCUUUCUGAGAUACGAGUGAGCGUUAGGCAGUGACGUUUCCUGGAGUCUACAGUAUGUUUUCCUUCUGAAGUGUAAAGCACAUAAUUUCAGCUCUCUCUGAGGCUGAAUCGUUUCAUUACAACAAAAACAGGAGGGAAAUGUGUUCUGUUUUUGCUCAAGUCAAAUGCAGUCAACAAGAUGAAACGGUAUAAAAAUAGUGAGUAUUUUUGGUUACUGGUAUUAUUGGGGUUGAAAGCUGCGGUACUCUUCAAACUGUACAUGCCUUACUACAGUACAUUCAGUAUUCCUACAUAAACUAACCAUAUCUAAAACACCUAAAAAUAAAGCAGUGGGUCAUCCCAGUUUUUAGUUUUUUUAUGUUUCAUAAUAAUGAUGAUGAUGAUGAUGAUGCUGCCAUCAUCUUGGCAAACCUAGUGUACAGUCCCAGAGCAUGCUUGUGGGAGCAUCACGUGUACUGUGCUGUGUUGUCAACGUCUUUGGAAUGCAACAUUUGUCAUGGUUGUCAUUCACAGUGGAGAUGUCAUUUUGGACCAUUACCCACUGGGUUACCCUCUGCUGAAUAAAGAGCAAUUUCAAACACAAAAAGGAGCACAUCUAAAAGCAAAUUACCGUGGAAUACCUUCAUAGUUUACACUAUACUCCAUAAAUGUCAGCCAGUAUUUAAAAGACAUGUUGAUGCAUAUUUUAAAACAUCCCUGAUUUAUUGGCCUUCAUUUAUCACGCGCUUGUUGAAGCUUUUGCAAAUUCAACCGGUUGGAUGAUUGCGAGAAAUCAUGUUUCCCUAACAUUAAAGGUACAAUUCUAGACCUAAUGACAACACACUUGAAUUUGGCAUUCCCUCAUAUAAAUUACACCAGCGGUUAAGUCAAUAUUAUCCUGUGUUUUCUGUAUUUGUCUAUUUCAGUGCUUAGAGAUAUAGAUUUUCAAAACAAAUAUUAAUUUUCAUAGCAGUUGAGCUAUAAAAUGACAGUAUAUUCUGUCCCUAAACACUUGAUUUGUGAAGGAAUAAAACUACACAUCAGUCUGUUGUCAUACCAGAUAGAGUAUAUUAUUUCUAAAGCUUACAAUAUGAUAGAUUACAGAUGACAGUAUCACAUGGGGACCUUCUAUGAUUUGUGAUAGAUGCACAGGUAAUCUUUGCUCCUUGUUUAGGAUUUUAUUCCUUUUCUGGGUCAUGCAUUUCGAGGCUACAGUGGAAAUGAUUAAUGAGAGUUUUAGUAGUAUUUUGGGUACAAAAUUAAGCUCCUGCAGCUACCCAGCAUGAAGACCCAUUUGGAGAAGGUGCAAGCUCAGUUCCAUCAAAGGGCAUAAAUGUUCAAAGAUAAUUAGGUGGAUGACAUGCAUAGGAUUUCCUAAGGAGUGUUUUACCUUUCAACAGACCCAAUACGAUCUAUUUUAGGGCUCUGUUUAAAUAUUCCCCACAAUCCUAGAUAAUAGUAUUUUGGUAAUUGUCAGAUUUCCACAUAUAAAUACAUUAAAUAGUCCUUUAAUUUAGCCAAAGCGGACUUAAGUGACAGUGUGGAUCCCACUGAGAAUCAACACUAAAAUCUACGACUCGAUGCAGCUUUUAGCAGCAUUCAUAUUUAAAUUUCUACAGUUGAUAAUUACUUCUCAUUCUGUCUAACACACAUUAAUUGAUUUUCAGAGUAACAUUGACAACCUUUCAUUUUUAGAUGAAAUGUGAGGAUGUACAGCUGCUUGAUAAAUAAAGGCCAGUGCCUUCAUUCUGUGCCUCAUACCCAUUAAACUACUCCUGCCAUUCUUUCCAUGGACCCUUCACGGUGUCGUUUGCGUUGCAUCCAUUACCUUUCAAGUGUAUUCUGUUCAAACAUGAGGAAGAGAGGACUCAAUGUACAAUUUAUAAUUAAGUGUGUAAACUCCAUUUCUGUCUCCAGUCUCUAAAGUAUUUGUCAUAAACAGUAACUCUGGAAUUUGUCUCAUUAAAUGUUAUCCUCAGCGAUGCAAAAAUAUGUAUGUUGCAUGUCAAAACUCAUAACAAGUCAUGUGAACAAUUUGAGAGCAAGGUGUAAUGUCCAGAAGGAAAACUACUGCAGAGGAUUAUAUAUAACUAAUACUUUGGUUUAAUCAAUGAUUCUCUCAGCUCUCAGCUUCAACAAAAGUCUGGGGUGUUGCCGCAAAUGUUGUUUUCUCAUCAGUUGAUAAAGUAUUGUUUGUGGGAUUGUUUGUGUUUGUGAAUAUGAUAAUUUACUGCUUUUUUGCCACAACCCCCCUUCCUCCCCUUUAUUUUUCUAAAAAACACUUUGUCUGUGUUACAAAAUAGAAUAUGUAAGUGCUGACUGAAAUUAAGUGGCAAGUUAAUGUACGUUAUUAAAAUGGAUUGAUCAUGUCUGCUUUAUGUACUGAAUUAUUUAAAAAAAAAAAGAAAGAAAAAAAAGAUAAAAAAGAAUUACAGUGCCUGGAUAUUUAUGAAUUAUCUAUAGAAAAAAAAUACAAAUGUGUAGAGCAUGUUCAUUUUUAUACAAGAUAUUUCUAAUAAAAGACUGUUUUGCUAAGAC